AUGCCAUCAAUGAGUCAGUUCUACGCGCACAAAAGAUACACGAACCGAGUUCGCAAAGUCGGAGAUCCUCUUACGAGAGGUCUUCGCACGCGUGUUCAUAGGAACGACUCCGGAUCAGUAGCUAGUCUACUGGUCCAUGCGUUUAGGAGUCAGUUCUACGCGCACAAAAGAUACACGAACCGAGUUCGCAAAGUCGGAGAUCCUCUUACGAGAGGUCUUCGCACGCGUGUUCAUAGGAACGACUCCGGAUCAGUAGCUAGUCUACUGGUCCAUGCGUUUAGGAGUCAGUUCUACGCGCACAAAAGAUACACGAACCGAGUUCGCAAAGUCGGAGAUCCUCUUACGAGAGGUCUUCGCACGCGUGUUCAUAGGAACGACUCCGGAUCAGUAGCUAGUCUACUGGUCCAUGCGUUUAGGAGUCAGUUCUACGCGCACAAAAGAUACACGAACCGAGUUCGCAAAGUCGGAGAUCCUCUUACGAGAGGUCUUCGCACGCGUGUUCAUAGGAACGACUCCGGAUCAGUAGCUAGUCUACUGGUCCAUGCGUUUAGGAGAACGACUCCAGGAUCAGUGGCUAGUCUACUGGUCCAUGCGUUUAGGAGUCAGUUCUACGCGCACAAAAGAUACACGAACCGAGUUCGCAAAGUCGGAGAUCCUCUUACGAGAGGUCUUCGGACGCGUGUUCAUAGGAACGACUCCGGAUCAGUAGCUAGUCUACUGGUCCAUGCGUUUAGGAGAGUCAGUUCUACGCGCACAAAAGAUACACGAACCGAGUUCGCAAAGUCGGAGAUCCUCUUACGAGAGGUCUUCGCACGCGUGUUCAUAGGAACGACUCCAGGAUCAGUGGCUAGUCUACUGGUCCAUGCGUUUAGGAGUCAGUUCUACGCGCACAAAAGAUACACGAACCGAGUUCGCAAAGUCGGAGAUCCUCUUACGAGAGGUCUUCGGACGCGUGUUCAUAGGAACGACUCCGGAUCAGUAGCUAGUCUACUGGUCCAUGCGUUUAGGAGAGUCAGUUCUACGCGCACAAAAGAUACACGAACCGAGUUCGCAAAGUCGGAGAUCCUCUUACGAGAGGUCUUCGCACGCGUGUUCAUAGGAACGACUCCAGGAUCAGUGGCUAGUCUACUGGUCCAUGCGUUUAGGAGUCAGUUCUACGCGCACAAAAGAUACACGAACCGAGUUCGCAAAGUCGGAGAUCCUCUUACGAGAGGUCUUCGGACGCGUGUUCAUAGGAACGACUCCGGAUCAGUAGCUAGUCUACUGGUCCAUGCGUUUAGGAGUCAGUUCUACGCGCACAAAAGAUACACGAACCGAGUUCGCAAAGUCGGAGAUCCUCUUACGAGAGGUCUUCGCACGCGUGUUCAUAGGAACGACUCCGGAUCAGUGGCUAGUCUACUGGUCCAUGCGUUUAGGAGUCAGUUCUACGCGCACAAUUCGCGAUGA